UUGAUCCACUGGUUGCAUCUCUUAAUGUUCUUUUCCCCGAAGAUAUAAACCAGAACUAUGUGGAGCACAAGAGGAAAUUCUAAGCCCGCGUUAAUCUCUCUUCUGAUCUCAACUGGGUCGACGCAUUUCAAUUCAUGGAGUUCCAAUACAACCCAAUUUUUUAAUUCCAUCAGUUCUUCCAAAUUGAUGCUUUCCACUCCUAUCCCUUCCGUGAAUCCUCCUCUUAACCCUCAUUUCCUCGGCCAGAGCUUUUCUUUUUGCAGCUCUUCAGUGUUUCAAACCCCAGCAACAACAAGCCCUAAAGUUGAACCAGAUAUUGAUGAUGAAGGGGAAGAAGAUGAUGACAUCCACUCUGUACAAGUGGAUAUCAAAGAUGGGAACUGGAAGCGAAAUGUCGAGACAAUCAUGGGUAUUCUGCAGAAUUUCAGAAGCAGUGGCCCUGAUGCCAAGCAUAAGCUCGAUCAAUGCGGGAUAGUUGCCUCAUCUGAUCUGGUCAUGGAGGUUCUCUCUAGGAUUCGGAACGAUUGGGAGGCGGCCUUCACCUUUUUCCUAUGGGCUGGGAAGCAGAGCCCUGAUUAUGCCCACUCCGUACAGGAAUACCACGCUAUGAUCUCAAUUCUGGGUAAGAUGAGAAAAUAUGAUACUGCUUGGGCCCUCAUUGAUGAGAUGAGAGGAGGCAGGAAUGGGCAUUCACUGGUUACUCCUAACACUCUCUUGAUCAUGAUCAGGAGAUACUCUGCUGUUCAUGAUGUGGGUAAGGCAAUCAACACAUUCUAUGCGCUGAAAAGGUUUAAAUUUGAUAUUGGUAUUAAAGAAUUCCAAGACCUUCUCUGUGCUUUAUGUCGGUAUAAGAAUGUACAAGAUGCUGAACACUUACUUUUCUGCAAUGAGAAGGUGUUCCCAUUUGAUACUAAAAGCUUCAAUGUCAUACUUAAUGGGUGGUGUAACAUUGUUGUUAAUCUGCGCGAGGCAAAGAGGUUCUGGAAAGAGAUGGAUAGAAGAGGGAUUUCCCAUGACGCCAUUUCGUAUUCUUGUAUGAUAUCUUGCUACUCGAAAGCCAGUAAUCUUUCUUAUGUUCUGAAAUUGUUUAACCGAAUGAAGGAAUUGGAAAUUGCCCCAGACAGGAAGGUUUACAAUGCAGUCAUUUAUGCUCUUGCAAAAGGGAACCUUGUGAAAGAGGCCCGUAAUCUUAUGAAGACAAUGGCAGAGAAGGGUUUCAUCCCGAAUGCCGUUACUUACAACUCACUGAUCAAGCCUCUCUGCAAGGCCCGUCGAACUGUUGAAGCGAAAUUGAUCUUUGAUGAGAUGCUGCAGCAGGUUCACUCACCUUCAAUCAGGACCUACCAUGCCUUUUUUGGUGUUCUUAAGACUGGAGAAGAGGUGUUUGAGCUAUUGGAAAAGAUGAAAACAUUGGGUUGUAACCCAACUAAUGACACUUACAUUAUGUUGAUUAGAAAAUUUUGUCGGUGGCGUCAGCUUGAAAAUGUCUUCAGGCUGUGGAAGGAAAUGUCUGAGAAUGGAGUGAACCCUGACCGGAGUUCAUAUAUUGUCCUAAUACAUGGACUUUUUCUCAAUGUGAAGUUGGAAGAAGCCUUCAAAUAUUAUGAAGAGAUGAAAGAUAAAGGGUUUUUACCGGAGCCAAAGACUAGCGAGAUGCUUCAGGCUUGGUUGUCUGGUAAGCAAACUGUGGCUCAACCAUUGCCAGAUUUGAAGGGGAAUCUGGUGGUUUGUGGUUCUUCAAGCAAGAACACCAGAGGCACCUCUGCCAUUGGUCAUGAAAGAGAUUUUCGCAAACAGCCUGAAACAAGAAGGGCAGUGCACGAGAGGGGAUUCUCAUUUUGGGAUUAGUAGGAUCUCACAUAUAAUACACAGUUCAGCAGUAUCUGUACCCCCAACUGUUUAAUUAUCUUCUGCACCAACUUUCCCAAGGAUUCCACACAGGUGCACAACAUUAACUGCACCAUAUCUGUGAUUCUUAGAUGCUUUCUUGGGAAUUUUAUUACUGCAUAGCUAGCUGUCUGGGUAGGCACUGUUUAAUGUAUAUCUUUGUCCAUGCCUUCAUGCUUAUUGAGCAGAUUAUGACCUUGUUGUCCAUAAAUGAUAAGAAAAACAGAGGCAUGGAAUGCUCACUCUGUUGUAACAGAUGAAUUAUAAUAACAGGGGGUGAGCCAGUAAGGCCAUGAUGAUGAGUUUUCAGAUGAUCCAAAUGGUCUUUGUACUUAAAGUAAAUCAGAUGAAGAAAUGGAUCUAAAUUUGGAUUGUCUCAAAUUUUCAGCCAAACUCAAUUAUAUGAACACAUGUAUUGGCAUUUUCCCCUUUUAA